UCUCCUUCUCCCUCGUUUCCAGUGAUGGAGGACACCGGGGUGCACAGGGGGAUAUGGGACGGAGACGCCAAAGCGGUCCAGCAGUGUCUGACGGACAUUUUCACCAGCGUUUACACCACCUGCGACAUCCCGGAAAACGCCAUCUUCGGCCCCUGCGUGCUCAGCCAUACCUCGCUCUACGACAGCAUCGCCUUCGUCGCCCUCAAGUCCACGGACAAGAGAACCGUCCCUUACAUAUUCCGGGUGGACACCUCGGCUGCUAACGGCUCCUCCGAAGGCUUGAUGUGGUUGCGCCUCGUCCAGUCCGCCCGAGACAAAGAGGAACAGAACCUCGAAGCCUACAUCAAAAAUGGACAGUUGUUUUAUCGCUCCCUCCGACGGAUUGCCAAAGAUGAGGAAUUACUGGUUUGGUACGGGAAAGAACUGACCGAAUUGCUGCUGCUGAGCACCGCCAGGUCCCACAGUAAAAUGAAUGGGUCGCCCCCUUACACGUGUCUGGAGUGCAGCCAGCGCUUCCAGUUCGAGUUUCCCUACGUGGCCCACCUGCGGUUCCGUUGCCCCAAGAGGCUGCACGGGGCAGACAGCAGCCCCGCCGACGACUCUAGCCCAAAGGACAGCAGCGCCAAGGACCGCGAGGCCACUCUGGGGCCUCUUGGGGCCCCCAAGUACCUCAGCAAGCCCAGCGGGGGCCAGCCGCAGAUCCACCGCCAGCACUACCACGGCGUGGCUCCGGACAAGACCAGCGGGAGCCACGGAGGUGUGACCAAGCCUUCCACCGACUUCCACAACUUGGCGCGGGAGCUGGAAAACUCGCGCAGGAAAUACCCGGCUGGCGGCGGCGGCGGCGGCGAGGCGUUGGUUGACGAGCGGGGCCCGGCGGCCGCGAGGGGGCGUUUGGAGAGGCCGGUGCCUUCCUCGCCCAAGGAGGACCUCGUGUGCACUCCGCAGCAGCAAUACAGGCCGGCGGGGAGCUAUUUCGGCCUGGAGGACAGCAGCCGCCUCUUCGGGCCUCCGAGCCCAGAGACUGGCGACGCCAAGAGGAGCGCCUUCGUGGAGGUGAAGAAAGCCUCCCGAGGGCUGGACGGAGGCGACGACGACAAAGAGCGCGGCUCCCCCGGCAGCGCGCAAGCCAGCGGCGCGGCCGGGGAUAAGCGGUCGCCGCCGCCGCCGCCCCCGCCCCCGCCCCCGUCGCAGCACCUGCUGGGCUCGCGCUCGGGAGGCAGCGCCUUCACCACGGUGCCCUCGUCGCAGCCUUCGAGCGUGGGCAGCCCGGAGGAGCGGAAGAGCGCCUUCUCGCAGCCCGCGCGCUCCACUUUCUCGGCCGCCGCCUCGGCGCACGUGACGCAGCUCGUGCUGGGCCAGAAGCUGAGCGCGCUGGUGGAAGGCGGCUGCCACGCCGGCGCCGAGGGAGGCGCGCGCCUUUACGCGCCGGACCCGCUGGCCGUCAAGUUGCCGGGCGCGCCCGAGCUGAGCGGCGGCGGCGGCGCGGCGGGGGCAGGCGCCGGGGCCGGAGGAGGCGCUGUGGGGGCGGGCGGAGGGGGCGCCGCAGGCGGCGGCGGGGGGCUGCCCAAGCAGAGCCCCUUCCUCUAUGCCACCACCUUUUGGCCGAAGAGCUCGGCGGCGGCGGCCGUGGCGGCGGCGGCGGCGGGCCCGCUCCAGCUGCAGCUGCCCUCGGCUCUGACGCUGCUGCCGCCGUCCUUCACGUCGCUCUGCCUGCCGGCGCAGAACUGGUGCGCCAAGUGCAACGCCUCCUUCCGCAUGACCUCUGACCUGGUGUACCACAUGCGCUCGCACCACAAAAAGGAGUACGCGCUCGAGCCCCUGGUCAAGCGGCGGCGCGAGGAGAAGCUCAAGUGCCCCAUUUGCAACGAGUCCUUCCGGGAGCGCCACCACCUCUCCAGGCACAUGACCUCGCACAACUGACCAGGCUCGCUUUCAUGACUCCCCGCUCCCGCUCCUCCUUCAAGGGAUUCUGUAGAUGGGAAGAAAAAGUCGGUGAAGCAUUUCGGAGCAACCUGGACAAAAGUACAAUUCCCCAGAAAUUUGGGGGCAGGGGAUGCAAUUCCAAACUGGUUUAAAUGGGUGGUGUAAAUGUGCCCAAAGAGUGGGGGAGCAGGCAAUGCUGUACACACAGAUGCACACACACACCUGUAGGCCUAUGUCGCUGUGGUGAU